AUGGGUGCUCGCAACAAAAAAAACAAGAAAGAGAAAACGACCGGCUUCUACUCCGUUCCCCUUGGAUCACAGCGCUCGUGUUGCACCAACCCCGGACCCAGGAUACGGUCGAGCGGAGGAUACGGAAGCAAUUGCUCGAAGACCGCACCGGCACCACCACAGCCACAGCCAUCCACGACUCCUCCAUCGACGGCACCACAGCGGGAGCGAGAGCAGCAUUUGGAGGAGGAGCAGCCACCGCCUGUGUUGGAGGAUCAGCAGCAGCAUCCGGCCCUACAGUUGCAGGAUCAACAGGUGCAGCAGGAGUUGCCGGUUCAACCCUUCCAGGAUCACGAACAGCAACAACAACAGCACCUGCACCAGCAGCAGUUAUCGGCAGAGGAGCAGGAUCGUCAAGGGCAGGAGCCGUACCCAGAUCAGCCGCAGCCGGCUCAAGACGCUUCUCUGAAUGAGGAUCAAUCGGCGAGGGAAGCUCAACUACUUCAGGUCCAACCGGAUCCCAUAGCCGAAGCAGAAGUCGAACAUCUCCUCCUCGAAGACGUGGACGAGCAGGAGGACUCAGAGUCUCAGGAGCUGCCAGGACCGCCGCCGCCACCUGUCAUGAUCAUUGACGAGAACUUAGAGGUCAACGCCGAGGUCGUGGAGGACGAAGACGACGCUGAGGUUGUAAUCGAAAGCGUCCAGAUAGUGGGCAGGUAG